GGUGGAAGAUCUUCAACAUUUGCACUGAUGAGUACUCGGUCUACACUCUCUAGUGCAAAAGUAGAUUCCAGUUCCAAUGGAGCCUGGAGUUUUGAGUGGGUGCUCCAAUCAUUUAGCUGCUGUAUAAAUGGGCACCUCAUCUUCCAAUGCCAUCACAGGAAGGACCAUCCGAGUCUCCCUCUCUCUCUCUCUCUCUCUCUCUCGUUCCCACCCUCUCCUCUACCACUGCCAGUAGCUCUUCUCGUCACUAAUCAUGUCGAGGGAUCCGCUUGUUGUAGGCAAUGUCAUAGGUGAUGUCUUGGACCCAUUCGUCAAGUCCGCGACGCUGAGGGUGAUCUACAACAACAAGGAGCUGACCAAUGGAUCCGAGCUCAAGCCGUCGGCGGUGGAGAAUGAGCCGAGAGUCGAGAUCAGAGGCCGCGAUAUGAGGAACCUUUACACGCUAGUCAUGGUGGAUCCAGAUGCACCAAGCCCCAGCAAUCCAACCGAAAGAGAGCACCUGCAUUGGUUGGUGACAAACAUACCAGAAACAAAGAACGCCAGCUUUGGCAAUGAAAUUGUUUGCUAUGAGAGUCCACGGCCGACAGCCGGAAUUCAUCGCUUUGUGUUUGUGUUGUUCCGGCAAUCGAUUCGGGAAACAAUCUAUGCACCUGGAUGGAGGCAAAACUUCAACACCAGGGAGUUUGCAGCACUUUACAACCUCGGGGAUCCUGUUGCUGCGAUGUUCUUCAACUGCCAGAGGGAGAAUGGUUGUGGUGGAAGAAGGUACCAAUCUGUCAGUGGAUGGACAUAAUGGUUUCCUGUGAACGGUCUAGAGGCUGGCUGAUACUCCUCCAGUGAGACUUAGACUGCAGCCAUGCAAAGAGUUAUAGAUGUACUAAUGUCUGUAGAUUUAAUGUUUUCCUGAGUUUACUCUCUGUCUAAGUUUGCAUCUCAUAUGCCAUAACUUUAGUGCCCAUAAGCAUGCUUUGUCUUCCUGAUUCAAACAACCGAAGAAGGUUGUGUUCCAAACAAGUGGUUAGCAAUUACUAAGGAAUUACUUGAUUGGCAUUUGCACAUGCCUAUGCAUCCUAAAUGCUGUCCAACAGUGCCUACAGAACUAUUUAACUUGUAUUAGCACCAAAGCAAUCCUUUUCAUACCAUGAUAUGAGGAGAUUAAGAAUAGUGUUGCUCCAAUUCACAUUCAAUCCACAAAAACAUGCAUCUUCUCAAAAUUAAGCACCUUCAAUAUAAACUGGGUGAUGAAACAAGUAUGUUCCACCACCAUCAGUGAGAGGGAAAACUUAUGCAAAUUUUGGCCAAGGCAUCUACAUGAGUCACAAUCCACUCCAAAAAAGCAACCUUUUACUACUCUUAUCAUGGGAACUUGGCCCACAUCGAUUUGAAGAUCGAAUGAUGAUCAUGACAACAAGUGUAACAAAGAACUAGAUAGCCUUCACAUCCUCUAAAAGUUAGUAUGGAUGCAAAAGAUUCAAGGAACACCCAAAGAGAGCUCUAAGAGUAUCAACUGCAGUGGUAAAAAUGAUUCCCCAACCCUACAUAUAGGAAAUUAAGGCAACAAUAGAUAUAUGCAGCAAGUACUCAAAGAAGAAUCAUGUUGAUCUGACCUUAAGCCUACGAAUCGGAGCGAGUAGUUCCAUUUGCCAUCACAACCAAGUCCUCAGUGGCUUCUUCAUAGCACCAAGCAAUGCAUUUGCCACUGCAUGCCAACCGUGGAAUUGGCUUCACAAAGACCACAUCUCCCAUUCUCAGUACCAGAGAACUCGAACUAUGGAAGCAAACGACUCCGUACACAGCCAACAUGACAAGAUGCUUCACAGGCAUCUCAUCAAACAGGACGCCUGCAUUCUUCGUGAUCCCCCCCGAUCAGGCGAUUCUACCACCGCGCCCACCAUAACCUUCGAUCAUUCGCCGCAGGCAAUACGAAGAUUUCAGGGAAUUGGCGCUGGUGGGAGCGGUGGAUUCACUCGACCUAUCACCAACCUUUGUCUGACGAGUCUCGGUGUGACCGGACUCCAUCGAACAGAGGAUCUGAUACGUCGGUGCUCAUGAAUUGAAUCCAACACUCCCACAUGUCAACGGAUAUUUCGUUAAUCCAACAUGCAUAAGUGAGAAAUCACUUUUUAGAUCAUAUAAAUGUAGCACGAAAAUUAAAGUACACAAUUCUCUCUCGUGGACGCAGAUUAAUCUCGAUUGAUCAAAGACCAAGAGGAAAACGACGCGUGGAACGAAGGGUUUCGUGAACGGUGGUCGUCUCACCCCCGGUGCAUGGCAUCGCCGAAGCAGAACCCGCGAGAACGCAGAUGGCCGUCCCAUGCGGCGGCUGCCGCCCACCGCACGCUGUCAGUAGCAGUUCACGCGGUCGAACCGAGC